AUGAAUGGUGUGGGCUCGCCGGCCACACCAUUCAAGACCGAUCCCUGAUUGGUUAUGAAUAAACACUGUCCGAGUAUAUAUAUUGUGGCAGGCGUCACAGUUCCAAGAAACUAGAACACUGAAUCUUCAAAGUUUCCAACAACGCAAAUAAAUUAAUUUGUGUUGAGCGCCAAGUGCCCCAGUAUUUAUUAUUUAUUAGCCUAUCACAGCUUGAGAAUGAGGUCACACAUCCAAAGGGUACCACAGAUAGUCGAACUGUUAAAAAAGAAAACUGUUGGUUUGCAGCACUUCAAGCCAACAUCUUCAGUGUGCGUCCUGGACCCGAAGGAUGCUACAUUGGUUGCGCCUUGUCGACACGGUCUUCCCUCGCAGACUCAGAGCCUUGACUCGAUACCUGGACCCACCAACUGGCCCUUAUUUGGCAGUUUGAUAGAACUACUACGCAAAGGAGGGCUGCAAAGACAACACAAUGCAUUGGUAAAUGAUAAAACAAAUAUUAUAAUGAUAAGAAUAAUAGUAUGAAGAAUAGAAAAAUGAUUUCGACAGAUGUUUUAUUUUAUUUCGUUUUAAUAACUGAUUAAAUUGUUUUAUUGGUGCAUUAAAUGUUUUGUGUCUGAUAUUUCUUCCUUUUAGAUUGAUUACCAUAAGAAAUUCGGUAAGAUUUUCCGGAUGAAACUCGGCUCCUUUGAAUCGGUCCAUAUUGGCGCACCUUGCUUGUUGGAGGCACUCUACAGAAAGGAGAGCGCUUACCCGCAGCGUCUGGAGAUCAAACCCUGGAAAGCAUACCGAGACUUAAGAGACGAGGCAUAUGGACUUCUUAUUCUGUAAGUGGCACUUUUCAGUAUUCCUAUGAUAUCAUGCUAUUUGCCUAACAGAAAUAUACAGAUAAUCUAUUUUAACAGACGUAGCCUAUAGCCUAAUAAUUAAUAUAUUUCCUGCUGAUUUUCAGGGAAGGGGAAGACUGGCAGAGGGUGAGAAGCGCGUUUCAGCAGAAACUGAUGAAACCCACAGAAGUCGCGAAACUUGAUGGAAAAAUAAACCAGGUUUGUAAGAUAAUUUCUCUGCGGUAAAACUGCACAGUUGAAGUUGAAUUUGAUCAAAUAAUGACUUUUCAUUGUCUCCAAAAUGUAGGUGUUGGCCGAUUUUGUUAGUAGAAUUGGACAAGUGACUGACAAUGGACAAUUUGAGGACUUGUACUUCGAAUUGAAUAAAUGGUCAAUGGAGAGUAAGUAGCCUAUUGAUUAUACUAUACAUAACAUAUUUCUAGCUAGAUAUAAAUUGUUACAGUAAAGAUUGUUGUUUAUAUGUAAUUUGGAUGUAUUAAAUCAUUCGAAAUAUUCUAAUGAUCAUUUAAUUGUUUUAAAAAACAAAAUUAAGUACAAGUCUUAUAAUUGAUUUGUUACUGAGGAAAAGUUACAUCAAUAAUACAUGAAUUCAUUUUGUUAAAUGUUUUCAAUGGUUUGUUUAUUAUCUCAUUACAGCCAUUUGCUUAGUGCUCUACGACAAACGUUUCGGACUUCUGCAUGACAAUGUCAACGAGGAGGCUAUGACCUUUAUCACAUCCAUAAAGACGGUAAGUGGUCAUUGAUUUUACACAUCCAGUUACUAUUUGCAUAUAGUGACAAAGGUAUUGUGGGCGCAGCUGAAGACCCCUGGAUUGGGGAUGAUCUUAGUGAUAUUUUUGUGACAUAGCUAUAUCGCUCUGAGUCUAUAGAUAGAGCGCAGUUCACCGAGUUCACUGAUUGAUGAAUCAAUAUCUGAAACUGAGCACUGGGCAGGCAGAAAUUUACUGGGGGAAACCAAUAUCUUCAGCAGCCAGGAGACAUGCAUGUAUUUACAACAUCUUUUAAACAACAUUUUGUUAUAGUAACCAUGGUCCUGUGCUAUAAAUUGAUAUUGAAAUACCUCCACAAUAAAUUGUUACAUUUAAAGUCUCUCUCUCUCUCUCUUCCCCUCUCUCUCUCUGUGGAUGUGUAGAUGAUGAGCACAUUUGGCAUGAUGAUGGUCACGCCAGUGGAGCUCCACAAAAAACUGAACACCAAAACAUGGCAGGACCACACCAGAGCAUGGGACCGUAUAUUCAGCACAGGUAAAAACACCUCCCUCUAAAACCUCUUCAAUGCCCCCCAACUCUCGGUUCCAACUCCCCUCCCCAUCCCUCUGAAGAAACCUGCCCUCCAUGUCCCCUCUCUUCCCCCUGAAACCUCAAUGCCCCCUGAUCUCGCUCCCAAACACCACUAAAGCAACCCCAUCGCACCUAACCACCACUAAAGCAACCCCCCCACCCCACCCUGCUCUCACUUUCAACUGCCCUACCUCUAAGUAACCUCCUCUCCAUGUCCUCUCUCCCCCUGUUGAAAUCUCAAUGCCUGCCACGUUCACUUCCAACCCCUCCCUUGGCACCCCCCAAUCCCUCCACUCACAGCAUGUGCUCCGCAGCUCUUUCUCUAGAGGAAGUAUGACCCAAUAACCACUUUGAACACAUUUCCAGUCAGGUGAUAGGAGAGAGAGAGAUAUGAACCGGGUGCCUCUGCGAUCAGUGCUGCUUGCUUGGCGGUGGCUUGUAGGCACAUGUCCACCCUCUCUUACACACACACACACACACACACAGAGUGUGAAUUAUACCGUGACAUUCGGGGGGGGGGGGGGGGGGGGCUCUAUUGUGUGUGUGGUGUGUGUGUGGUGUGUGUGUGUGUGUGUGGCCUUAAGGCCUAAUUGUAAAGACAUGUAAUUUAAUGGUAAAAUGAAGAAUUUUAAAUGUGGCAUGAACACAACCUGUCCAGAUGUUUUCAUCUGAUUGUCAAACAAAUCACUUCAAAAAGUAGGCUACCUGCGCACGUUCAGUCCACUCAAAUAAUUCCAGCAUCCAAUCAAAAGCACAAAGUGUAAUGACAUUUGGCGAUCGUCAUUAGAACUUCACUCUUGUAGCCUGAAUUAAUUGAUACACCUUGCUGACAGAAAGAAAAAAAAAAGUCGGUUCAGAUGAAAAGGUGCUGAAAUACGGGAUUGUCCCGGGAUGAUAAAUGCAGCCACAUGGGAUUAUUUAUUUUUUUACCAUAGAGGUGGGCUGUAUCGCAUUAGUGGAUACUCACACUGCUCUCAGGGCAGGUCUGCUGGUUUUGAAUAGCAGAAGUGACUUUUCAUAGCAGGUUAAGAGUACUUACGCAGCAGGUUAGGGUAAUUAACAUGGUAGGUUAGGAGAAUGAACGUGGCAUGUUAGCAGAAUUAGGUUAAGGUUAGGAAAGGGGUUAGGGUUAGCUAAAAUCCUAAAAUUGUCCCUGACGUGAUUCGAACAUAUCUAGCUACAACCAGUCCAGUCCUGAGAACAGUCUUCGUUUCCACUAACGUUUGAUUUGGAAAAAGCUUUUAUUUUAAUAUUUACCAUUGUAGCAGUUCAAAAUAGCAUUUUAAAUAAAAAGAAGAAUGGUUAAAUUAGCAUUAUUUAGACUUUUUGACUUUUGUUGCAUUUAAGGGGGCUCAUCGCUCAUUCCCAACCUGUAAACAGUGGCCAUGUAUGUUGUGCUCGUGGCCAGAUUCUGGAGAUAAAAGAUGGUUGAGGGCUUUUGAAAGUAGCGAUAGGGAGUGGAAGUGAGUUCAUUUUAUGGCUUGUUUACUAUAGAUUACUUGUUUAUAGAAAUUUAUAAUUAUCAUUGUUUUAUGACUGGUUUCAGCUUUCCACAAAUGGAAUCCAUGUUUUGGUGAAUAAAGUUGACCAUUAGAAUGGCUUUAAAAAUGGACUAUAUGCAAAGUCAUUGUUACCUAGUCUUUUUUUUUACAUCUUUCAGUUCAUUAUUUCACGUUUGUCUCUUGUUGUUGUCCCCAGCCAAAGUCUACAUAGACAAGAAGAUAAAGCGCCAUGCAGGGGCAACAGGGCCCAGUGACGACUUCCUGAGUGACAUCUACCGCCACAGUCAGCUGUCCAAGAAAGAGCUGUACGCCGCCAUCACAGAGCUCCAGAUCGGAGGAGUGGAGACGGUAAGGAUAAGUUGACAAAUGUAACAGAGAUGGUUCAGUGAACCACGCUCGCAUGAUGAGUAUCCUUACUAAUAAUUUAGCAUCACAACACUGAAGUGUGAUGGGCCUCCAUUUUUUUCCGGUGAACUGUGAUGAGUAACAUUGCUUGUCACCCGAAGACUUGCUUUAUGCCUAGGCUUUAGCUUAGCGGGCUAACACAGUCUUGAGACCCGGGUUUGAAUCUUGGUCGUUCAAACAAGGAUAGGGCCAGAUGUAUCAUUCAAUUGCACAAGUGCCUAUUUUGCUCCUCUAUUUUCAGAAAAAUAAGAGGGGAAAACAUUACACUUAAUCCUUUAUUGUUGUUGACUUCAUUCCUUACUCCCAUACGUUGUUUGAACUAAUUUACUCUACACUUGAAGUGGUAUUCCCUCCCUGUGAGAGAAGAAACAAACAGGUGCAAACUGUAGUAGUAGUGGUUCAAAGGCUAAGGAAAUCUGGUCUGCAGUCCGGAUGUGACAGAAACAGCCCUUGAGGAACCCGUCACAUUCCUCAGCUCCAUUUACUGCAGUUUAUAGUAUCUCUCUGAAUGAGUCUGACAACUCUCCCCUCUCGCGCUCUCUUUCUCUUCCUCUGCUGAUGUUUUCUAGACUGCCAACAGCAUGCUGUGGGCUAUUUUCAACCUCUCCCGUAACCCCUGCGUUCAGAGGAAGCUGCUCCAAGAAAUCAGAGAGGUUCUUCCUGCCAGUCAGACUCCCAGUGCUGAGCACCUCCAGAGAAUGCCCUACAUCAAGGCCUGCCUCAAGGAGUCCAUGAGGUACAGUAAGACAUUACACUGGAAUGUGACGCAAAGACAAUAACACUGUAGUCACGAACUGCACUGUAUGUCACUCAAACCGGUACACAAGUCCAAAACAAAUUAGUCGAGGCAUGGGCGCUUGACUUUGUCUGAAAGUGGGGGUGCAAAAAACACCAAUAAUAAUUUGAAUGAAACAAACAAAAGAACUAAAAUUUAGUUGCAAUUUUUUAACAAUUUCCUGCAAUUCUACACUGUUUCUUCACAGGGGGAACAGAACACAAAACAUUUUCUUAGGUUCUGCCUUAAUAAAUUAUAUUGAACUCAAGUACUCAAAUAAUUUAAUUUUUUUUAAAUUUAGAACACAAGGCCGGUAAAAAGUUAUACAUUUAUCUAGGCCUAUUUGCCAACAGUGUGCAACAAUGCCAAAUGUAUCAUAACCAUUCAAGAUAACAAAUCCUAAUUGCUAAAUUGCCCCAUAUAUAUUCAGUCAAUAAAAAAACAAGUGCCAUUUAAGAUUGACUUAUUGAAACCAUAAUAUCAACUAGUUAUAUUAUAUUGUGGAACACAAUCUUCAAAAAGGCAGUAACCUCAGCAGUGGAGCUUGCUUGUAGAAGACUAUGGCUCUGCAAUGGAAUUGCCUUGUUUUGUUAAUUUAGCAGACAAUAAACUUUUAUUUCCCGAGCCCUUAUCACAGUCAUCACACACCUAUUUUAUAGUAAAAAAAAAAAAGUAAGUAAUAUGUCAGAAUAAAAUAGAACAGAAUAUUUUUCCAAAUGAAAAAAGUUGGCAGUGUGAAGUGAUGCGCAUCUCGCAUCUAGAACAGUUAUUCUCAAAGAGUGAUCAUUUGAAACAGGGCUCAAUUUGGUGAGUUGAAAGAAAAACAUUUCAGGGUUACAAACCAAAAUCGGUCUUUGAUAUACAGACGUUCGAUUUACAAGUGUUUCUCGAGUUUAAUGCGGAAAGUCACGCAGGGAAUGUUUAGGAUGUUUGACAGGGGAUUAGUUAUAUUUCCUUUCAACUUGCCUUUUAAAAAUGGUUUGAGUAUGUUUAACUGAUCCUAAAGAGCUUAUAUGUACAUGUAUCCUCCUGCUUCAACACUAUAUUCCCAAACACUUUUUUCAAAUUCCUGCAGGUUAUCGCCGUCAGUUCCCUUCACGAGUCGGACCUUAGACAAAGACACUGUGUUGGGGGAUUACUCCAUUCCCAAGGGGGUAAGUGGAUUACUUCAAAUUCCCUCAUUUAAUAGCUCAUGUUGGGGCGAUUACAGUCUCGGAUCAAUUCACACGUACAUUUUGAUUGAUGUCUAAUCAAGAUUUUUGUUUUUCCUUUGCAGACAGUGUUGAUGAUCAACAGCCACGCUCUGGGUGCCAAUGAGGAGUACUUUGACGACAGCAGCCGGUUUAAGCCAGAGCGUUGGCUAAAAGAGAGCAGCACCAUCAACCCCUUUGCCCAUGUGCCGUUUGGUAUUGGGAAGAGGAUGUGCAUUGGGCGGCGUCUGGCAGAGCUACAGCUGCAGUUGGCACUCUGCUGGGUAAGAACAACCUCAUGUGCCCCCAAAGUGGCCACCAAGUUGCCAACAUGGGAGUAUCACCGCAGGUAGUGCUGAACACCUGUGGGCGAUAUACAGUAUAUUACUCCCUCUUCCUGUGUCAAGUUUAAAUGUAUACAGUCCCUUCCCACAUUUUGUUGUGUUAUAGCCUGAAUUUAAAAUGGAUUGCAUUUAUAUUUUGUGUCACUAGCCUACACACAAUACCCCAAUAAUUAUGUUUUUAGAAAUUGUUACAAAUUAAUUAAAAAUGAAAAGCUGAAAUGUCUUGAGUCAGUAAGUUUUCAACCCCUUUGAUAUGGCAAGCUUAAAUAAGUUCAGGAGUAAAAAUCUGCUUAACAAGUCACAUAAGUUGCAUGGACUCACUCUGUGUGCAAUCAUAGUGUUGAACAUUAUUUUUUUAUGACUACCUCAUCUGUGUACAACACACAUACAAUUAUCUGUAAGGUCCCUCAGUCGAGCAGUGAAUUUCAAACACAGAUCCAAUGGCUCACAAACAAGGGCACCUAUUGGUAGAUGGGUAAAAUAAAAAACAGACAUUGAAUAUCCCUUUGAGCAUAGUGAAGUUAUUAAUUACACUUAAUGGUGUAUCAAUACACCCAAUCACUACAAAGAUACAAGCAUCCUUCCUAACUCAUUUACCGGAAAGGAAGGAAACCACUCAGGGAUUUCACCAUGAGGCCAAUGGUGACUUUAAAACAGUUUAAUGGCUGUGAUAGGAGAAUGAGUGACCUAAAUGACAGAGUGAAAAGAAGGAAGUCUGUUCAGAACAAAACUAUUCCAAAACAUGCAUCCUGUUUGCAAUAAGGCACUAAUGUAAAACUUUCUUUAGGAUAAAAAUAAACUGAAUAGAGCUAAGCACAGGCAAGAACCUUGAGGAAAACCUGGUUCAGUCUGUUUUCCAACAGACACUGGGAGACAAAUUCACCUUUCAGCAGGACAAUAACCUAAAACACUACGCAAAAUAUACACUGGAGUUGCUUACCAAGAAGACAUUGAAUGUUCCUGAGUGGCCUAGUGACAGUUUUGACUUAAACCGGCUUGAAAAUCUAUGGCUAGACUUGAAAAUGGCUGUCUGGCAAUGAUCAACAACCAACUUGACAGAGCUUGAAGAAUUGUAAAAAAUAAUAAUGUGCAAAUAUUGUACAAUACUGGUGUGCAAAGCUCGUAGAGACUUACCCAGAAAGACUCACAGCUAUAAUCGCUGCCAAAGGUGAUUCUCAGGGGUGUGAAUGCUUAUGUAAAUGAGAUAUUUCUGUAUUUAAUUUUCGAUAUUUUUGCUAAAAUUUCUAAAAACAUGUUUUCACUUUGUCAUUAUGGGGUAUUGUGUGUAGAUGGGUGAGAAGAAAAAUCUAUUUAAUUCAUUUUGAAUUCAGGCUGUAACACAACAAAAUGUGAAAUAAGUCAAGGGGUAUGAAUACUUUCUGAAGGCACUGUAUAACCUUAAGUUCCAAGAAGACUUUGUCCAACAAUGUGUGUUAACCUUGAAAAAUAUUUUUGUGUCACCAUGUGAGUCUUACCUCAAUUGAUACUGGUUGUCCUUUCUAAUGAUUUGGUUGUCAUAAUCUAAUGAUUUCUCCCUUUCCCCCCCUUUCUAUCAGGUCGUCAGAGAUUAUGAAAUUGUGGCGACAGAUAGUGAACCAGUUGAUACUAUCCAUUCGGGGACGCUAGUUCCCAACCGUGAACUCCCUGUGGCUUUCAUUAGACGAUGAGGUAAGAAUAACAUUCACUCUUGAAUAUACCAAAAAAUCAUCCAUAUACUGAAGCUUAAAUCAGAGUAAAGACAAAUAUAUAUAUAUAUAUAUAUAUAUAUAUAUAUAUAUAUAUAUAUAUAUAUAUAUAUAUAUAUAUAUAUAUAUAUAAUAGUGCCUUCGGAAAGUAUUCAGACCACUUGACUUUACAGCAUUAUUCUAAAAUUGAUUCAAUAAAUAAAAAUCCUCAGCUAUCUACACACAAUACCCCAUAAUGACAAAGCAAACGCAGGUUUUUAGAAAUGUUUGCAAAUGUUUUAAAAAUAAACAACAGAAAUACCUUAUUUAUAUAAGUAUUCAGACCUUUUGCUAUGAGACUUGAAAUUGAGCUCCGGUACAUCCUGUUUCCAUUGAUCAUCCUUGAGAUGUUUCUACAACUUGAUUGGAGUCCACCUGUGGUAAAUUCAAUUGAUUGGACAUGAUUUGGAAAGGCACACACCUGUCUAUAUAAGGUCCAACAGUUGACAGUGCAUGUCAGAGCAAAAACCAAGCCAUGAGGUCGAAGGAAUUGUCCGUAGAGCUCAGAGACAGGAUUGUGUCAAGGCACCGAUCUGGGGAAGGGUACCAAAAAAUGUCUGAAGCAUUGAAAGUCCCCAAGAACACAGUGGCCUCCAUCAUUCUUAAAUGGAAGAAGUUUGGAACCACCAAGACUCUUCCUAGAGCUGUCCGCCCGGCCAAACUGAGCAAUCGGGGGAGAAGGGCCUUGGUCAGGCAGGUGACCAAGAACCCGAUGGUCACUCUGACAGAGCUCUAGAGUUCCUCUAUGGAGAUGGGAGAACCUUCCAGAAGGACAACCAUCUCUGCAGCACUCCACCAAUCAGGCCUUUAUGGUAGAGUGGACAGACGGAAGCCUCUCCUCAGUAAAAGGCACAUGACAGCCCGCUUGGAGUUUGCCAAAAGGCACCUAAAGACUCUAAGACCAUGAUAAACAAGAUUCUCUGGUCUGAUGAAACCAAGAUUGAACUCUUUGGCCUGAAUGCCAAAUCAAAUCAAAUCAAAUGUAUUGGUCACAUACACAUGGUUAGCAGAUGUUAUUGCGAGUGUAGCGAAAUGCUUGUGCUUCUAGUUCCCACAUCUAGCAAGUAAUAUCUAACAAGCGUCACGUCUGGAGGAAACCUGGCACCAUCCCUACGGUGAAGCAUGGUGGUGGCAUGAUCAUGCUGUGGGGAUGUUUUUCAGCGACAGGGACUGGAAGACUAGUCAGGAUCGAGGCAAAGAUGAACGGAGCAAAGUACAGAGAGAUCCUUGAGGAAAACCUGCUCCUGAGCUCUCAGGACCUCAGACUGGGGCGAAGGUUCACCUUCCAACAGGACAACGACCCUAAGCACACAGCCAAGACAACGCAGUAGUGGCUUCAGGACAAGUCUCUGAAUGUCCUUGAGUGGCCCAGCCAGAGCCCGGACUUGAACCCGUUCGAACAUCUCUGGAGAGACCUGAAAAUAGCUGUGCAGCAACGCUCCCCAUCCAACCUGACAGAGCUUGAGAGGAUCUGUAGAGAAGAAUGGGAGAAACUCCCCAAAUACAGGUCUGCCAAGCUUGUAGAGUCAUACCCAAGAAGACUCGAGGCUGUAAUCACUGCCAAAGGUGCUUCAACAAAGUACUGAGUAAAAGGUCUGAAUACUUAUGUAAAUGUGAUAUUUCCGUUUUAUUUGUACUUUCUAUUAGCAAAAAUUUCAAAAAUCCUGUUUUUGUUUUGUCAUUAUGAGGUAUUGUGUGUAGAUUGAUGAGGGGGAAAAAAACAAUUUCAUCAAUUUUAAAAUAAGGCUUUAAUCUACCAAAAUGUGGAAAAAGUCAAGUCUGAAUACUUUCCGAAUGCACUGUAUAUACAUAUAUUUAUACAUACACACAUACACAUACAUAUAUAUAUAUAUAUAAAAAUACACAGUGUGGGAAAAAAGUAUUUGAUCCCCUGCUGAUUUUGUACGUUUGCCCACUGACAAAGAAAUGAUCAGUCUAGAAUUUUAAUGGUAGGUUUAUCUGAACAGUGAGAGACAGAAUAACAACAAAAAAAUCCAGAAAAACACAUGUCAAAAAUGUUAUAAAUUGAUUUGCAUUUUAAUGAGGGAAAUAAGUAUUUGACCCCUCUGCAAAACAUGACUUAGUACUUGGUGGCAAAACCCUUGUUGGCAAUCACAGAGGUCAGACGUUUCUUGUAGUUGGCCACCAGGUUUGCACACAUCUCAGGAGGGAUUUUGUCCCACUCCUCUUUGCAGAUCUUCUCCAAGUCAUUAAGGUUUCGAGGCUGACGUUUGGCAACUCGAACCUUCAGCUCCCUCCACAGAUGUUCUAAGGGAUUAAGGUCUGGAGACUGGCUAGGCCACUCCAGGACCUUAAUGUGCUUCUUCUUGAGCCACUCCUUUGUUGCCUUGGCCGUGUGUUUUGGGUCAUUGUCAUGCUGGAAUACCCAUCCACGACCCAUUUUCAAUGCCCUGGCUGAGGGAAGGAGGUUCUCACCCAAGAUUUGACGGUACAUGGCCCCGUCCAUCAUCCCUUUGAUGCGGUGAAGUUGUCCUCUCCCCUUAGCAGAAAAACACCCCCAAAGCAUAAUGUUUCCACCUCCAUGUUUGACAGUGGGGAUGGUGUUCUUGGGGUCAUAGGCAGCAUUCCUCCUCCUCCAAACACGGCAAGUUGAGUUGAUGCCAAAGAGCUCCAUUUUGGUCUCAUCUGACCACAACACUUUCACCCAGUUCUCCUCUGAAUCAUUCAGAUGUUCAUUGGCAAACUUCAGCUGGGCAUGUAUAUGUGCUUUCUUGAGCAGGGGGACCUUGCGGGCGCUGCAGGAUUUCAGUCCUUCACGGCGUAGUGUGUUACCAAUUGUUUUCUUGGUGACUAUGGUCCCAGCUGACUUGAAAUCAUUGACAAGACCCUCCCGUGUAGUUCUGGGCUGAUUCCUCACCGUUCUCAUGAUCAUUGCAACUCCACGAGGUGAGAACUUGCAUGGAGCCCCAGGCCGAGGGAGAUUGAGAGUUAUUUUGUGUUUCUUCCAUUUGCGAAUAAUCGCACCAACUGUUGUCACCUUCUCACCAAGCUGCUUGGCGAUGGUCUUGUAGCCCAUUCCAGCCUUGUGUAGGUCUACAAUCUUGUCCCUGACAUCCUUGGAGAGCUCUUUGGUCUUGGCCAUGGUGGAGAGUUUGGAAUCUGAUUGAUUGAUUGCUUCUGUGGACAGGUGUCUUUUAUACAGGUAACAAGCUGAGAUUAGGAGCACUCCCUUUAAGAGUGUGCUCCUAAUCUCAGCUCGUUACCUGUAUAAAAGACACCUGGGAGCCAGAAAUCUUUCUGAUUGAGAGGGGGUCAAAUACUUAUUUCCCUCAUUAAAAUGCAAAUCAUUUAUAACAUUUUUUACAUGUGUUUUUCGGUUAUUUUUUUGUUGAUAUUCUGUCUCUCACUGUUCAAAUAAACCUACCAUUAAUUAUAGACUGAUCAUGUAUUUGUCAGUGGGCAAACGUACAAAAUCAACAGUGGGUCAAAUACUUUUUUCCCUCACUGUAUAUAUAUAUGUACACUGUAUAUAUCAUAUCUCAAAUGAAUAUAACACACACACACACACACUUGUUGAAUAAACACCGUCUGGAAUGCGGUUUUAACCAAUCAGCAUUCAGGAUUAGGCCCACCCGUUGUCUAAACACACAAUACAUAACGUUAAAAAGGUACAUUCAACUCCCAAAAAGUAAGGAAACAUAUUAGCAGGCUGUGAAAUGUUAUAUUUGAUUCCAUGUGUUAUUUUUUCCUAAACAGGCUUCAAAUACAGAUCAUUCAGACCUCACAACAGAAAGAUAAUAGUUCUGGGCCUGAACGUCCAGAGAGACUCCCUAUAUUGCUGCUCUGUAAAUAACAAAGAGAAAAUAUCAGAUAUAAAUAUAUUUUUAUGUAAUCCUGUCACAUAUACCUCAAACUAAUAUAAAUGUAUUUAAACUAUUAACUAUGAGAGUUAGCCUACUUGUUGACCAAUAACUGCACUUUACUGCCCACUAAUCUUAAACAACUGUUCUUAUGUCGAAAAUAUUAAUUAAAUUAUGACGUUUGUAUAUGUUGUGUCUUUGUAUGAUAAAUUAUAUACAGUACAUGUAUAAAGGCUACUUAUGUAUAUUUUGUGUAUAAAUUGCAAUAAUAGUGUCAACAUGAUGUACAUUUAAAACAUUGUAUUUCUUAGAGAGAUUAUAUUCAAAUAAAACUAAAUAUAUUUCAUCCA